CACACAGAUAAGUUUUUCUGAAACAAAGGCACGCCGAUAUAAAUUCUCGAAUCUAAAUAUGGAGCAGCUACUUUCACGUCGUCGUAGAAUUAGGCACAAAACUGCCAAGAGAGGACUUUCCAAGCUCUUGCCUGAAUUAAAGUGCAAGUCCCUGGAGAGCGUGGGACGACAGAUUAAGGAUCAGCUGGGCUGCAUUUUGCCAUCCUCGGACUUCUACAAGAACUCCUUGCGUUUCUACAAGCGCUGCACCAAACCGGAUCGCCAGGAAUUCCUGCGUAUUGGCGCAGCCAUUGGCCUGGGAUUCCUUCUCAUGGGCCUGAUUGGAUUCGUGGUCAAACUGAUGCACAUUCCCAUCAUCAACAUUAUCAUGGACUGAACCAGAAUGCUUGAGCGGAAAUAAAGUUUCAAUUCAA